AUGAAUUGCUUAAUCGAUAAUGAAUUCGAGGUCAAUUCAAUUAAUACAACCGAUUCCGUCCAAUUAUCAGAUAACCAUGUUCAAGAAUAUCAAGAUAUUCUUAACUUUUUAGCGGAUGAAAAUGUUAUAGAUUAUGGAUGUGUUUUGAAGGAGACAAUUCGUUUGACGGAAGAUUUGGUCGGUCGUCGAAUUACGAACGAAGUUGUGAUAAAUUUCGUUUCUAAAGCCGCCAUUCACCUUUCCAAGCGUCAAUGGGUUCAUUACGGAAAUUCAACUGCGCGACUCGAACUUCACCUCCGCGCCAUGUCUUCCGUAUUACACAUCUUCUCACAAUUGAUUGCUAACGAGUCCGGUCCAAUGAUUGAUGCAAAGGUCCGUGAAACACUUUAUAAAUCCGUCUCAAAGUUCUGGGCUACUUAUCGCACUUCAAAAAUUAUAAAUGCGAAUAUCACGUUCGCCCUUCGUGAAAUUCGAACUUGCUUGCGAAAGAUUAAGGAUGAUCGUAACCUUGCACUUGGUGUUACUGUAAACAUUUUUGAUGUCAUCUCUAACGUUAUAACAAAAGAAUAUUGGGCCGCUGCGGGUUCUUUUAUCAAAGCUUUAGACUUUGAAUACCCCGCUGGAGAGUGGUAUUAUGAUUGGCAAGAAAUACGAGUAAAAUUUUUCAAAUUACGCCAACAACUUUCGGAAAUUGAUGAUUCGGCAAAAUCGAAAACGGUUACUCAAUUUUAUAAUCAUUUAUAUAAAUUAUCAACCGAGGAAUUUGAAACUGUACGAAGGAAAAAUACAGUAAUUAGGAAUUUGGAAUAUAAGAUGCUUAAAUCUGGAGGGAGUAUUGCAGGGUGCUCAUUACCCGAUCAUAUCGAUACCCUUUUGAUCGGGUAUUUGGAUUUAAUUCAACGGAUGCUCACGGAAUUCCCUCAAAUGAGUAUACAUACUCCAGAAAUUAUUGGAUUUUGUAACGAAAUAUAUGACUCGCACGUUAAAAAACAAUUGACGUGUAAAGCCGUAGAAGUUUUAUAUUUCAUAAACAAAAUCAGCAAAAAGAAACUGGUCCAAAAUAUGAUUAAAGUGACUUUCAAGUCUCUUCAACAAGCCACGCCUCCCGACUCUCCAACUUCGGCAAAUUUUUCAAAUUCAUCACAAGAACGAAGUAAACGAAAAAAUCUAAUUCGCAGGGCUCGCAAUACUAUUAUUGUUAAUUCAAACCUAAGUGAAAUUCCAAACAGAAUAACGACGAAUUUCCAAAAGAUUCGUCAAAAACAAGUAUCUAGUUUACGUAAUCGUAUUGUGGAUAAUGUGGAAAAAUUGAUGAAAGAGAAGACUAAGGUCGUUAAAAGUGUUCAAGAAAUUAGAGAGAUUAAAGAAAAGCAAGAUAAUAAAUUGUCAGAGGAUAAAUCUGAUAAAGAACCGUUUUUACUUAAAUUUAAAAGAUUCUUGGGAAAAAGAGAUGAAGAGAAAAAAACAAGUUUGAACAACUUGCAAGAGACUUCAAGAGUUGGAAGAAGUAAUUCUGAUCAAAGUUCUUUACGUAAAAAUAAACCAACCAAAAUUCUUAAAAACAUUAUAAUUCAUAAUACAUAUUACAUAAACAGGAAAGCCGAGAAUAAAAAUAAUAAGUAUGUGGAUACCCAUCAACUACAGGACGAUAACAUUUCAUCCGAGAGCGCGGGGGAGGUCGGCGCUUUAGAUAAAGUGGACGAUGGCGAUUUAACCAUUGAAGUUGAAUUUACGCAUCAAAAUGAUUUGGAUAAUGUUGUCGAAGAUAAAGAUAUAACCUUUGAAGAUGUUGAAGAAAUUCUUAAGCAUCAAAAUGAUUUGGAUAAUGAAAUUACUUUUACCUCCUCUGAUGUCAUUAACGAAGAAAAUGAACCUGAUAAAGUAAUAAAACAAAUCAACAAUUAUUCACAAUGUGAUGAAGAGAAUCAUCACAUCACAAUCGAUGAAGAUGUUGAAUGUUUUUAUAUGCAACAUAUGGAUAGUGUCGAACUCGAAGAGAUCUUAAAUCAUCAAAAAUAUCUGGAAGAUGAACAUAUAACGGACAAUGCUUUUGUGAGUGAAGAUGUACACGAUUUAAACAUUUCAACGAAAACUCCCAAAACCAAUGAAAACACUUUUGUAGAGGAAUUUGAAGGGUUAUACCUAGAUAAUUUUGAAUUUCCGAUUAUAGAACAACCAAAAAUAAUAACGCACAAAGAAGUUGAAAUAAAUAACACAUAUUCUUAUCAACCACCUCCUUAUGAAGAUCUGUCAUCAUCCAAGUCAACAUUAGUGAACUUUUAUGAGUUUAGGAAAUUUCUAUUAACUCAACAUGAGGUGGAUUCGUCUAAUCCACUAUGGAAUGUAGAUAAUGUUAAUGAUUUUGAGGAAAUGUAUUCAAAAACAUUUAAAGAUUUUAAUAUACGAGUUCAAUAUAUCAACUUCAUCAAUGAUGUACAAUAUAGUCAAAUUAAACAAAUUAAUCAAUCUUAUGAAAAAGCACUUCCUUAUGAAGAACUGUCGUCAUCCAAGUCGGAAUUAGUGAACUUUGAAGAGUUCAAGAAAUUUUUAUUAAAUCAACAUCAGGUAGAUCCAUCUCAUCCAUUAUGGAAAGUAGAUAAUGUUCAAGAAUUUGAAGAGAUAUAUUCAAAAACAUUUAAUAAUUCUAAACCUCAAGAUCGAUAUGUUAAUUUUGUCAAUAAUGUACAACAAAAUAUCGUAAUUAAUAUCGAGCGACAAGAUCCUAAUGAAAUUGAAUCUGCAUUUUUGAAUUUAUGUAAAAAAGUCAUUGUAAACAUAGUUGAAAAUAUAGCUGAAGGUACUAAAGCUGCGAAAAAGAAAAGUUUAAAUGAAAAAAGUUGA